AUGACAUCAUCAAGUUAUAUGUUAGAACGUGAACUGUUGGGCUCAGCACGAACUAUAAUAGAUGCACAUUCCAAUACUACACUUACUCAACAGCCACAACAAAAUACUUUUCGAACAUCAUAUGGAUUAUCAAGUCAGAUACCAUUUACAACUACAACGUCAAGUUAUCAUCAAAUUGGAUAUGGAGGGAAUGGUUCUACAGAAAAUUUUGAAUCAAAAAAAGCUUUAGCUGACUUACAAGAUCAAAUGCGUGUAUUGAAAAAAGAUUUAGAAAAAAAAGAUAGCCUUAUUCAGGAAUUAUCAUCAAUGAGAGAUUCAAACAAACAUGUUCAUUUCGAAUCAAAUAGAUAUGACACGUUUACUGGUCAAGAUCGAGCAUCUAUUGAAGCAAUUCGACGUGAACUUGAUCAGUAUCGACUAAAAGUCGAAGGAUUAAAUCAUGAGUUACGAGAUUUAUCAAUAAAGUCAUCUGCUAAAGAUGAACGCAUCAAUGAAUUAAAACAUGAAAUUGAAUCAUUAAAAAAAGAACAUGAUCUAGUUGUUCAUGCUAAUAAUCAAUUGCAGUUACGUGCGCGUGAACUUGAAUCUAACAUUGGUUCAUAUGAUUCUGUUGCUAAUAAAUCAUCGUUAACAAUAUUUUCAUUACAAAAAGAUAUUAAAGAAAAACAAGAUCAAAUACUUGAGCUACAAUCACGAAUAAGGACACAUAUGGAAGAUCGAGAAACGAGUGAAAGAAAAACAGAUAAUCUAUAUAAAAAACUACAAGAAUUAUUUUCGCAAUUGAGUGUUACACUUGGAACUGAUUAUGGACAACCAACUACUGCUACAUUUGAUAAAGUUAUGAGUAGAGUUGCUGAUAUUAAUGCUGAAAAUACCUUAUUAAAAGGUAGAAUGAUUAAAAUCGAAGAAAUCAAUCGAUCAUUAGAAAGUGAAUGUAACUCAAAUCGUGCAACACUUCAACAAAUGUCAAAUCAAUUAAACUUAUUUGAUCAUAAUAAUGUUAAUCAUCGUUUACAAAUUGAUUCAAUGAGAGCAGAACGUGAUGCUGCACUUCAUGAUAAAGAAACAAUAAAACAAGAACUUGAAACAGUUAAAUCACGUUUAGAUUCCGUUCAAAAAGCUUGGCAAAAUACUCGUGAUGAAUUAGAUCAACGUGAAAAUCGAUUUACAUCGCAUGAAUUACAUUUGAAACAAUUAGAAAACGAUUCACUCUAUAAUAAAUCAUGUUUGGAUGCAUUUAAACAGCAAGUUAGUCAAUUAUUAUCUGACGGUUAUGUUAAAGUUGAACCAAAAGAAGAUGAAAUUAAAGAAAAAAUUCAUUUAUUAAUGCAAUCAAGUAAAGAUCGAGGAAUUAUAAUCACAAAUUUACAAAAUCAAAAAGAACAGUUAUCAAAACAAUUACAAGAACAAAUUGAACUAAACAAAGAAACAGAUAAAAAACGACGUCAUACUGAAUCACAUGUAUUAGAAUUAGAACAACGAGUUAAAACACUUGAUAAUAAUUAUACAACAACAGAAGUUUAUCGAGAAAAUCUUAAACAAGAUAAGACAAAAUUUCUUCAUUUUCUUGAACGUCUUGCUGCAAUUAUGAGAAUUGAAACCGUUUCAAAUGAACUUGGUUAUGAAUUGAAUCCUGAUGUUAUUUUAGUACGCGCAGAACAAUUAAUGAAAGUCGAAAAUGAUUCUAUUGUUGAUCAAAAAAGUUCAAUGUAUAAUUUACAAAGAAAAAUUAAACAGCUCAAAGAACAAAUGGAAAAUAAAGAUUUACAUUUGGACUUAUUAAAAAAGAAAGUUACUACUUUAGAAGAAGGACGUACGGCUAAAACAGAUUUAGAACGUGAAAUUGAUGAUCAUGUUAUAUUAUCGAGAAAAAUGAAAGUUAAAGUUGAAGCUUUAACUCAACAAGUGAACGAUUUGAAAAAUGAAAAUACGCAAUUAAAAGCACAAUCUACAGAUGUUCAUACACUUAAAGGUCGAUUGGCUGAACGAGAAAAAGAAAUUCGCCAUCUUUUAGAAGAUAUUAAUAAAUUAGAAGGUACACGUGAUAGACAAGCUGUGAAAAUUUCAACGUUGCAAGAUAAAAUACAUUCUGUUGAUGAUGAUGCUAAUCGAACAUUACUUUCGUCUGAUAAUGCUGUACGAGUUUUGUCUAAUGAAUUAAGAUUUUUGAAGGGUUCACUUGAACAAGUUACUGAACGAGAACGACGUUUAAUUGACUUUCGUGCUUUGAUAGCUCGUAUGCUUGGCUUAGAUGCUAAAACAUUAGCUGUACCUGAUUAUGAGAUAACAGCUCGAUUGGAACAUCUUCUUACUAUUGUUCAACCAGCAAUGGGAAUACCUGUCGUUCAAAUGCCUGUGACCACAACAACAAAACCGCUUAGUGUUAGCCAGCAACAACAACAAAAACCUCCUUAUCACAAUGGUCAUUACCAUACUGAUUCUCGUCAAAAUACUCAUUCAGCACAUGGCCGUCGUCGUAGUCCAAGUCCACCGUCUCGGCGAACAGGUGUGAACCAUCGAGCACGAUCACUUUCAUCAUUGCAUGCAGGAAUUGACCCGAAAACAUAUUAA